UCAGUGAAGGCAACAUCCCAAACAGCAGCCCCGCAGUCCGUCUCUCUUCCUUUUCCAGCAGCGCCCGCAAUCAUGACGGACGUUCUUGCGGAACAGAACCUGAAACUAGUCCAGGACCGUGAGCUAAACGGGGAGGCCGAGAUCAGGGAAGAGGCCGACCCAGUCGAAGAGGCAGCGAAAAAGAAGAAGAAGAAGAAAAAGAAGGGCAAAUCUGCGACGACAGCUGUUGAGACGGAGGCAGAUGGAGUGGUGGAAGUAACCAAACAGCUGGAGAAGCAGGUGAUUGAAGACAAAGAGAAGGAGGAGGAUGGCGAGGAAGAUGGAGAUGAUGGUGAAAAUGCUGCAGGAAAGAAAAAGAAGAAGAAAAAGAAGAAGAAAGGAUCCAAGACGCAAACUGACCCCCCAUCUGUUCCCAUCUGUGAGCUAUACCCAAGUGGUGUGUUUCCCAUUGGACAGGAGUGUGAAUACCCCGUCUCUCAGGAUGGUCGGAGCGCGGCGUGGCGUAUGACCAACGAGGAGAAGCGGGUGCUGGAUAAAGCCAACGAAGAGGUGUGGAGCGACUUCAGGCAGGCAGCCGAGGCCCACAGACAAGUCCGCAAACAUGUUCGCAGCUUCCUCAAACCAGGCCUGACCAUGAUCGAAAUCUGCGAGCGUUUGGAGGAUUGUUCUCGUAAGCUGAUCAAGGAGAACGGGCUGAACGCCGGCCUGGCCUUCCCCACCGGCUGCUCCCUGAACCAGUGCGCUGCCCACUACACCCCCAACGCUGGAGACACCACCGUCCUGCAGUACGACGACGUCUGCAAGAUCGACUUCGGCACUCACAUCAACGGGCGAAUCAUUGACUGUGCCUUCACCGUCACAUUUAACCCAAAGUAUGACAAGCUGCUGGAGGCUGUGAGGGACGCCACCAAUACUGGAAUCAAAAACGCCGGCAUUGAUGUGCGCCUGUGUGAUGUCGGAGAAGCCAUUCAGGAGGUGAUGGAGUCCUACGAGGUGGAGCUGGAUGGAAAAACUUACCAAGUAAAGCCAAUCAGAAACCUGAACGGUCACUCGAUUGGUCAGUACCGGAUACACGCUGGGAAGACGGUGCCCAUUGUUAAAGGAGGGGAAGCAACAAGAAUGGAGGAGGGAGAGGUUUAUGCCAUCGAGACGUUCGGCAGCACAGGUAAAGGUGUGGUCCACGACGACAUGGAGUGCUCUCACUACAUGAAAAACUUUGAUGUCGGCCACGUCCCCAUCAGGCUGCCCCGAGCGAAACAUCUGCUCAACGUGAUCAACGAGAACUUCGGCACGCUGGCGUUCUGCCGCCGCUGGCUGGACCGCCUUGGCGAGAGCAAGUACCUGAUGGCCCUGAAGAACCUGUGCGACCUGGGCAUUGUGGACCCCUACCCACCUCUCUGUGACACCAAAGGCUGCUACACUGCUCAGUUUGAGCACACCAUCCUGCUCAGGCCCACCUGCAAGGAGGUGGUGAGCCGAGGAGACGACUACUGACCGCCCUCUACCUGACUCUUCUGCCCUCAGCACAUGCAUCUCGAGCCCUCGUUAGAGAAACGGCAGAAAAGAGCUUCUUAAAAUGUGGGGUUGGUUCAGAACAGCAGCAAAGAUUAACAAAUGUUAUGUAGUACGCCCACGAUGCACCGUGCAGUUUUAAGGAAGGAGAGCUGCCUUUAGAGUUUUCUAUCAACUACAGGUAGUUUUUUGGAUCAUAUGUAGGGAAAGGAAAAGACAUACAUGUUAAGCAGUUGAUGUUUUAAAGCUGUUGCUGAAUUCAGUGAGAACUCGGUAUUUAAACAGAAGGUGAGCGUGGGAAAUCUGACUUUAGUUUCUAUGACUCCAGUCUGACUUCUCCAGUUUGGUCACUGGUAUAAAUGGUCAUAGACAAGUCUGAGCAGCUCUGUGUCUGGCUUCUGUCUCUACAGGAGUGAACUCUGCACCCUGGCCCUCCAAACAAUUAUUUUUUUUUAAAUAUCUCAGAAAUGGCCACUGCUGUUCCCUGUUAA